CUGGGGUAUGCUGUAAUGGCGUUGUGGUGUAUGAAAAAUCAUAUUACGUCAUAUCAAAAAAACUAUUUCAAAGAUGAAACUUUUAAGUAUGAGACAAAAAUUUUUCUCUUUAGCAAAAUAAAAGAGCAAUUAACGACGUUACAGAAUGAAGACGGUAGCUUCGGAAAUAUUCACACAACUGCCAUUUUAAUGCACGCGUUAUUUUCCGUGGAUUUAAACGUCAGCAUCGCGAAAGACCGGAUUGUAAGGAAAGCCGUUGAUUAUAUCAUUUCGCAACAAAACCAAGAUGGAUCCUUCGGGGAUAGUUUGGCAACAUACUUAAUACUUCCAAUACUAAAUGAAAAAACAUUUCUUGAUUUGGGAAAUUUAAGUUGUCCCAUGGUCGAACCACGCAACGUUACAAUGCAGGAAGAAAUCGAUUCUAAAAAACUCUCGAAGCACCGUGUUAGCUACUUUAUUUUCGUUGGACAAGACAAAGAUAUCAUUUCUAAUAUGUUGUUGAACGUUCCCGUUAAUUCGACGUUUUACGAUGUCAUGCGAUUAGCUUCAGAAUUAGAUANUGAAACAUCUUUCUUAUGA